AUGACGGUGUCGACGUCCUGCACAGCACUGGGGCGGUCCAUCACCAGCCUUGCGCGGUUCCAGCUCGACUCAGCUGCGUGCUGGAGCUUGCAGCAGGUAGCGCACUACGCCAAGGCCUCGGGAGGGUCUGGUGGGGGUGGCCACGCCCAGAGGACGAAUCGCCUGCUCAAGGUCCUAGAGCCGCAGCAGACAACCGCAGUGGCACGAAGUCUCGAGGAGCUGGAGGAUGCAAGGCAGCGGUCACGGGAGUACAGCCGUCUCAAGAUGCGGCAGCACCGCGCCUGGCAGGCCGACCUGUCAGGCAAGCUGAAGCUGAAGCAGGCCGCGCUGGCGGCCCUGCCCGACCACCUGCGGGCGGCGGCCGAGGUCCCCGACCUCUCCCUCUUCCCCCUCAACCGCAACGUGUGGAGGGAGACCCCCCCCGCAGAGGCCAAGGUGGUCAAGGCCGCGGCGCACACCUCGCGGACGCGCAACAUCGGCACCAAGCGCCAGGGCUAG